GGUUUUCUUGUAGCUGGCCUUUAAUCUUUUUCACAAGACUGUUUGACCUACUGACCUAACUGGGAUACCAUCCUUAUCCCUCGUGGAGUGCAUUGGUCACGUGACAGCUGUAAUAAUGGUAGAGUCCUGCCUGUGUGUUUUUAUGUUUUUUUUUUUUGCCAGACGUGUUCCUGGCCGAGGACUUUCCUUCUAAGCGUUUGUUACUGCGUGCCCACAGUUGAUUAGUUCUCAAGUUAUUUUAGAUAAAUUACUAAAAGUGGUAUAUUAUACACUGCACAGAAAAUGUUAGUGAUACAUGAAUUGCGGUUGAAAUUUUGAGGUGAACCUAAAAUGUACGAUAUCCUUAUUUAGACUUUUACCGUAGUUCGUCCUAUUUGAACGAAAACAGUAUUGUACGUUUAUGCUGGGAAAUGCGACAACUUCUCGCGAGAUUCGGUGAUGACGUAUACGGACGUUGACGUUCAGCCCAUGGGUGAAUGUGCCGCGAGAAAGUGAGUUAAAAAAUAUCCUUCGUGCGACUAUCUUUUUGGCCCUCUGGCGAUUCUCUACAAUGAAUUCUGUUUUAAUCAACGCAGUAUUGUCUAAUUUCCCCAACUACGAGCUUCUGUUUGACACUCUGUGCUGGCCAGCUGACGUGUGGCCGGAGACGGACCGUGUCGAGGCGCUGACAUCUUUUGUCGAAGGACUCGAGCAAUUUUUCGUCCAAUCAGAAACAAGUCCAUCGACAACCGCGAAAAGACAAUUUAUACGAGAUAAAAGCCAGUCUAUCAUUUGGACGCAUUGUCUCCCUCUUCUCUCCCGAAUAUCAGCACAAACGGAGGGGGCGCGCUGUCGGGAGAGCACAGCAGCUGUGUGCAGACUUGUGGCCGCCUGUGUCCGGUUAGGUGGCUCUGCUGCUGCUGGCCAAGCCGCUCUGGCCGUCCUGCCUUCGCUGCGGCUGUUCGAGGAGGAACGGCCCAGCGGAGGGACACUGAGCGUGGAGGUUGCCAGUGAAGUCCUGGCUGCCCUGUUUCCGUCUUUAACAGGAGACGAGCUGCUCACGUCGAACAUCUUGUCAUGUAUCUUGUCGGGCUUUAGAACUUUUACAGACGGGUCGCUCACCCGGGUCACUGUCAGGCUCAUGCUAGCCCUGCUGGGCUCUUGCGAUUAUGCUAAAAUCGGCACCAUUCUCAGCAAGACUUUGAGCGAACUGUGUACCUGGCAUGCCUCGGAGCGCACACCCGCCGUAACUGAGCGAGCCCUGCUGUGUUUCACCGCCCUGUCAGACCACCUGUUGGGAUCCACUGAUCCAGACCCUCGUUCCUGUCUCCUCUUCUGGUGGGUGCUCCAGGACGGACUCAUCCACAGUGAUAGCGUGUCCCGAAAGAGAGCACUGUACCUGCUCAAAAGGUGUGUGGCAUUGUCACAAGAGCAAGGAUUGGAUUGUCCUUCACGACAAGUGAGUGGUGAGGAGGUCCUGUUCAAAUGGCAAGCCAAAUGCAGUAAAAUGCUCAGAGAGUUCUGGGAGGAUUAUGUACUGGUGAUGGAAACCUUGGAGGAAAAUCAGGUCCAUGUUGUCCGCCCAGUUCUGAACAGAGUGGACUCUCUUAUCCAAACUACAGCAAAUAAAGGUCAGGACCUCUUUCACCCAUCGUGGCUGCUGUGUGUGUACCAACGGAUGUUCCACAGUGAGAAUAAAACGUUAAUGCGAGCAGGUGUGUGUCACCUGUUGGACCUUCAAAUCCUCCACCAGCCAGCCUUUGCGUCAGCAUUUUCUCAGUUUGUUGUCGGACCUUUCAUGGAUGUUCUGUCAGAAAUGUCACUCUUCUCCAUGGCAGCGAGCCAGCGUGUUGGAGACUGUCCCGAUCUGGCAGUUAAACUCCAAACCUUUUUGAAGAACUUCUUCAGCAUUCUGCCAAGAGAGGACCAAGGGCGCGUGCUGCUGCUUCUGAUCCAGCAGCUUGGUUCAAAGCAUUGGUGUGCAGUGCCCCUCCUCUUCAUCUCUCAGGCCCUGUCAAAACUUGAUCCGAGCCCAAUAUUGGCGCUCGAUGGGCUUACUGCCUUCAGGGAGGUACUGCGCUGCACGAUGAUUACACAUCAAGUCCUCCUGAGAGGUGCUGCCCAGUGCUUCUUAUUGAGGAGCGCCCUCUGUCUCAUGGAUGUGAACAGAGUGACCCUCGAUGACGUCUUUACCUUCCUGGGCAAUUUCCGAGCCGAUGAGUCGCUUUGUCGAGGCACAGCACUUUGGAAUGAGGUGUGUGACUGGCUCUCAAGCAAUGAGGGCAGCUUUAAGACAAGUGAUGAUGGUGUUACCUCUAGCAAGGAAACCAUAAAAGUGUAUGUUCAUGGCAAACUACAUGAGUUUCUAAGAGUUCCAGCAUGCACUGGCCAGACAGAGAGUUUACCUGACACCAAAGAGGCUGACAUGUUGGCUAGGUCCAUUAUGCUAUGGACUGACAUUGAGGGGAGUCAACCUGGAGCUAAGAUUGCUGACAGCCUACAUUUGUUAAUGUCUCCUAUCAUGGACACUUUGAGUCGGGUUGGUAGCAACAUCUACAUGCCUGAAAGGAAGAGUGACAAAAGCUUGCAACUCGUCCUCCGACUGCUCCAGCUUAGAGAAACACAGAAGGAACAUGGGGAUGAAGUGACCACUGCUUUGGAGGGGCUCAUUUUCCAGUUUAUAGAUUCAAUUCAGGAGUUCAUCUUGAGGCGUCUGUGUGGGGAACUGCAAGAGUUGUGUGAUGUGGAGCGGGCGCAGCUCUAUUUGUGUGUCUUGAAGCAGCUGGCCAUGCACAGCUGUAAAAUUCAACAAGAUUCCUUCCCGAAACUCAUUAAGUACAGUCUGAAUGUCCUGAAAGAACCACCCCAGCAGAUCCCCUCAGUGGGUAGUCAGGUGGUCAGAGCAGUUGCUAUGGCAUCUCUUGCCAUGGUAUGUCAGCUAUUGGAGCAGCAAGAAAUUGGCCUGGAAACGCUUUCUCUUCUAAAACAACUGAACGAGCACUUCUACAAGCCAGUGCCGUUUCCUUGGCAAAGUCAUUCAACUUUGGGUCGCUUCAAUGAGAGGCUACUUAAACCUCAGACAACAGACAGUUCGGGUAACGAAAGUUUCCAGGGUCUUCUGCGAGACUGGGGUCGCACAGCUGCCCACUUCAUGCGAGACCAGUGGAUUUGCCUGAGUUUCCUCACCAAAACACUCGGGUUUCAGGAUUUCGAGCUCCCCAAAAACAAAGAGACUGUCAUAGCAGCUCUGAGCUGCUGCGUGGAUGCUCUCGCUCUUCUGCCCAGCGACCUGGUGCUGCCGGUUCUCGCCUUCAUGGAGACGGCGCUACCACAAUUAGUACAUGAAGAUGAAUCCCUCUGUGUGGAAGCUGUGAGUCAGUGCUGGGAGCUAGUCCAUGGGCUCAGCAAUAAUGCCCAUGACUUUUGGCCUGCCCUAAAAGGCUUCAUCUCAGUGGCCUUCCACCAAAAGCUGCUGUUGCUCACAGACAGUCAGGCCCCAGUCCUGACAAAAACCGUGAAACAGAUUGCUGUUGAGAUCAUGGAGUUUUCUGAGUCCAAGAAUGGAGUUUUUAGUGUGCUGCUGGAACACUGUUGUCAAACGUGGUUGCCUGCUAGUGAACAAAGCAGGAACCCAGAUGACAACAAUUUCUCCAGUGUCUUUAGUUAUAUUAACAUCAUGGCUGAGGGCUGCAUUUAUGGCCCUGUGUUCAGGAGAGAUCAGCGGCUUGUUCAAGAUGUCCAGGCAUAUGUGGAGCAACUUGGUGAGCUAUGUGCCGCCAACGCCGUGGUCACCAGUGACAACAGAGAUGACCAACUACCUCGCAUGUACACACUGGCUUUUCUUAGUCGGCUGGAUGUUUCUAACCUUCUGCACGAACAACUGAUGGAGCAGCUUGUUGUCAUUCUUUUAAAAAAGGACAAAAACAUGUCAAAGUCAGUACGUAUCUCCAGUAACUCUCUACAACAUCGCGUGAAAAACAGAAUAUGGCAGACAGUGUUAAUGAUGCUCCCCAAAUUCAAAGAGGGGUUUGUGGCCUCUAUACUGAGCAGUGUCUUUGAGGCUGGCUUCUGCAGUAACCAGGCUUCAGUCAAGUACAUGAUUGAGUGGACAAUGAUUCUGAUCCUUGUCCAUUAUCCCAAAUAUAUUGACAGCUUUUGGGCAUGCUUCAACAUGCAUCAUGAAGGAACCAAGACUGGCAUCUGUACCUUCUUUGCAGUCCUCGUGCAUUUCUCUGUCAUCAUUCCCAAACUUCAGGAUCCAGAUAUACAUUUGGGAAAGGCACUUGACAUCAGCCUUCAGUGGUGUUUCCACCAUAACUUCAGUGUUCGUCUGUAUGCCCUGCUGGCCUUAAAGCGUGUUUGGAGUUUGGUGGAAGUCAGAGGAGAGAAAACUGUUGAAGGUCUGAGGGCGCUGUCCACUGUCGUCAAGGCCUGUCUCCACCAGACUGAGGCCUUGAAGAACACGGGGAAUGCCAACAAGAACUGGACCAGGAUUCAAGAGCACUUCUUCUUUGGUACCUUUCAUCCAAUCAGAGAUUACAGCAUUGAGACAAUAUUCUACACUUUUCCAAGUCUGUCAGGGUUGGCUGAUGAUGAGUGGAUACUUCCUUUGAAGUUUAAGAAGCUGUCAGGCUUUUCUCAAACACCUCCUUUGAGGAAUACUACUCCCGACCUUAGCCAGCUCCAGCCCGGAGACUGGAUCCAGCAGGAUAAAAGUGAGGAGGACAACGAGGAGCGGUGGGCUGAGGUGCAGAAGAAAAUAACCCCCUGGAGGUUGGACAUCUUGGAGCAGGACCUCGAGCUUCAACUGGUUCCUCUGCAGAGAGCAGCUCGCCUGGGCAAGCAACAUAGCGCGCUGCUGGUGGUCGCCUCACUCAUCGACAAGCCAACAAACCUUGGAGGUCUGUGCCGGACCUGUGAGAUCUUUGGUGCCAGUGCGUUGGCGCUAGACAACCUCCGUCACAUCACUGACAAACACUUUCAGUCCCUCAGUGUCUCAUCUGAACUUUGGCUUCCUCUCCUGGAGGUAAAGCCGUUGGAGCUCACGGACUUUCUGCAAUUGAAGAAGAGUGAGGGCUACUGCAUUGUCGGUGUGGAGCAGACUGCUAACAGUCAGAGCCUUCAGGACUACCAGUUUCUUGAAAAGACUCUGCUACUUCUUGGUAACGAACGAGAAGGCAUCCCCGCCAACUUGCUUCAGCUGCUGGACGUGUGUGUGGAGAUCCCUCAGCAAGGGGUCAUCCGCUCACUCAACGUACAUGUGAGCGCCGCCCUGCUGAUCUGGGAGUACACUCGCCAACGCGUGAAGUGAAAACAUGGCUUAGACCAAACCACCUGACAUCUGAUCCUGGCAUCCGCUUAUAAUCAGUCAACAAAUGUAGGGUUUCAAUUCUUAAUGCAAACCACAAUGCAAACACAUCAGACUUUUCAUUAUGGAAGUUACAAACGUCUCUGUUCCCGUAAUGGGUCACGAAAUGGAGAUCAUCACUGCUUAUUCCGUUGAAGUAUUCCACUGAGCAUCAUGUUAAGAAAAAUAAAACCCAUCUCAGUGCCCGCAGAGCAGCAAUUCCAGUUUUUACCGUCUUUUCCAAUGAGGCAAUUACUUUUGACUCACAGGAACUUUAAAGACCAGUUCAUAAGACAACCUGUGCUCGAAAACAUUCAACGUUAUUUUGAUGUUUUUAUACCAACCGAUGCCACUGGGUGAGCUCAGACGUAUUAAUGUGAUCCAAAACAGUUGUGUGUUUUCUGGUCCAUUUCACUUUCUUUUUUCCUCCUUAGGGUGGCAGGUGAGCUGGGUAGGUGAGCCUACCCAGCUGAGUUUUUGCAAGAGGCAGUGUGGGUACACCCUCGACUGCUUGUUGGCCAAUGGCAGGGCACAAAAGACAAACAUUGGCACUCACAUUCACUCCUAUGAGUAUUUUAGUGUUUGGGAAUUUUCUAGUCUUAACGCAAACAAUUACUUUUUAACUUAUUUGUCAAAAUACAGUUGCAUUGUGAGGAGAAGCGAGAAGUCAUUUGUAUUUAGAGUUAAGUGUUCAAUUUUUUGGUUGAACACAUUGAUUGAAGGCAGGAAUGGUGAUUGAGUGGGUAGCACAUUGUUUUUAGAUUUGGAGUUCAAUUCCUAGCUAUGGCCUUCCUUUGUGGGGUUAAUUUGCACAUUGUCCCCAUGGUUGCUUCCUCCCCUUUCCACAAACAUCCUUCAUAGGUGAAUUAACAACUAACUCGUCCUUAGGUUUGAAUUAGUAUUUGAUUUGUAGUCAAAACUAAUUAAAAUUAUACAUACCAUGUAAAAAAAAAAAUGCCAGAGGAGUGGAAGAAAAACAUAUAAAACUGUUUGCAAAUGAUUGUUUUUUAAUAGAUGAACAUAAACUAUUUUUUUAAAGAUGUCAGUCAGGUGAAUGUGAGAGAUUUAAAAAAAAAAUAGAUUGCAUGAUCAUGAGUGUCUUCAUUUCCUUUUUGUGUAGUUCUGUAGCACAUAUGUAUUUACAAUUUUAUUGACUGUUCAAAUCAAAAAGUGACCUUAUAAACGUUCCUUUUUAAUAUAUGUUGAGAUGAGCCAAAUUGUGUAUAAUAUUCCUUUACUCUGAUGAAAUAAUCAAUGUAUUCAUACUUGUAUUAUUUAUUAGCAAGGCGAGCCGGAUUUUUCUUUUUUUGUUAAAUUUCAGAAAGGUAUGUUAUAAAGUUCAGUCAACGGGUUAGCCCACACAAAGUACUUGACCUAGACUCCCCCCUGGUUUGACGAAUGACUGAUUGUUUUUUUGUUUGUUUGUUUUUUUUGUUUAUGUGUGCCAAGUGAGUGCCAGUCCAGGGUGUAACCCGCAUCUCACCCAAAGUCAGUGGAGAGGCUGCAGCACACUCACCACCCUAAUGAGAAUAAAAUGAAUGAAUGGAUGAAUACAAGUUGAGUUAAAUCAGUAACUUUUAGUUUUUUUUAUUGGGGGGGGGGAUUGUUUGCAUGAAACCAUUUUAUUGUAUAUUGUAAAUACUUUAAAGUUGAAUUGUUUGGGAAAAUAAAGGCGUGGUUG